CUACGAACAUGUCCAGCACCCGCCCAAAGAGAAAGACAACGCCCAGCGCAAAGGCCCUGGAUCUAGCGCGCGACGAGGUUGGCAAGAGGGAGGCGGCACGGGCAGCCGGUCAGUUGGGCUUUGCGGCUCUAGGCCAGCAGCACGCCCGAGACCUCGAGGCAGGGGGAGGAGAGGAGCAAGCGGCCGGGGGAGGCGGCGACGAUGUCCAAGUCGUGGCACCAGCAGCAGAGCAGGCUAGGGCUAGGAAGAGCACGAAGUGGCCUCCUACUUACGACUUGGCGCUGGCAAGGGCGGGUCUGCAGAACGAAGUGUGGAAAGUGAAUGGGAGCGGGCGUUCGGUCGGCGAAAGGUGGGACACCUGCUGGAAGACUCUCAACCAGGAGCCCUUGGUCAGGAUGUUCGAGGAUAAGACGUCCAAAAAUUGCAAGUCGCGCUACGACAAGAUCGUUGACGACCAGAGCAAGAGCGAUGGUAAAGCCCUGCCGGACUCCGGAGCCGGCACUGCUGAGAGUGGCUCGGAGGGCGAAGUAGAGAAGAAUACCAAGGUCCAGCUGGACAAAGUUCUGACCGCGAGAGUGGACGCGAAGGCUGCCGCAAGGCAGGACUCGGAGGAGACCAAGCAGAAGAAAGCUGACGAGGCGGCCUCGCACUCCGCGAUGGGGAUGUGGGCCAUCAACGCCCGAUGCGGGCCGGGCGCGAAGGCUACAUCAUUCCAAGAAGCUGUUGCCGCCGACAACAUCGCGUUGGGUUCCCGAUCCGGUGCAGCGGCCGGUGGCCGUGCCAGCGGUCGGGUGAGUCCGGCCAGCAGCAUCGGGGGGGCGAGGCCCGCGUCGGAGGCUUCGGCGGGUGGCGCUGCCAGCGGUCGAUCGAGCCUGACCAUGAGUACGGGCGGGCUAGACGACGACUUAUCGCCCGCGGGGAGCGGGCCAUCGAGGAAGGUUCCACCGCUUGGCGAAUUGGUGGAGCUCAUGGGGUCGCUGAGCAUUCCGACGCUUGCGCAAAGUGCCGGGGUCACCACGGAGGAGGCGGACUACUUCCUCAACACGGGCUUCACGGCCGACGAAGUUCAGCCGGAAAGGGCCGUGGCCAUGGUGACGGUACUACUCGACAAUAGGCUAGUCUCCAGCGCGACGGAGACAGCGUCCAGGACUACAUGGAUGAUCUUGGUGAACAGGAUAUGCAGCUGCCCGGGUUUGAUAGGUUUGACGAGUCGGUCAUGUUUAAACUGCUCGAGCUCUACGGCGUGGAAGUGAUGGACUUGCGCAGCCUGCCGGA